AUGGUGCAGCACCCUACUCCUUACCGUAUUAGUUGGGUCAAUGAGACCACUACUGUUCCAAUGACGUCUCGUUGCCUAAUUAAAUUUUCACUGGGCAAAAAUUAUGUGGAUGAAGCAUGGCGAGUGUCCUAUGAUGGUUACAACAACUCUUACUCGUUUGUCUUCAAGGGAAAAAAAUUAAUCUUUGAUCCUUUGAAAAUAUCCGAAUUUGAAUCCUCUAAGUUUUUGAAAAUUGUGGCCGUUGAGAAUUCUUUGGUGAUGUUGUUGGUUACAAGCGAGAAAAAACAGAACGAUGGUCGUAUAACUUUGGAGUUGGCCGAAUUGUUGGAGGAUUUUAAGGAUGUCAUGCCGAAUGAAUUACCAAAUUCUCUUCCUCCCAUGCGGGAUACUCAGCACAUAAUCUAUCUUAUUCCUAGAUCUAUUUUACCUAAUUUACCUCACUAUUGCAUGAGUCCUAUAGAAAAUGAGGAACUUAGGUGCAAAAUUCAAGAGUUGCUAGAUCGCAGGUUUAUACGUGAGAGUUUGAGACAUUGUGCCAUGUCGUCUCUACUCACUCCUAAGAAGGAUGGCAGUUGGCGGAUGUGA